AUUUCCUUUGGUUGUAUAUAUUGAUCAAUGUUAUAUAGAUAUAGAUUAUGAUGAAUCCUAUGAUUUACACUUUGUUUCAUGCAUAUUUGAGCUUAACAUUCAGCCUUGUGUUUAUCACCAUGCAGUUUCUGUUGUCCUAUGUUUUGUGUUUAUGUUGUUUACGCGUUUCAACAAAACAAAAAAGAAAAACAGAAGUUGAAUGUUUGAUCCGGGUGUUUUGUCCAUUUUGCCGUUUUUGACGACCAUUUUCUUUCUAAACCAUUUUUCGGCUGCAUAUUCCUUGUUCUUUUCAAAAACCUUUUGAAAACACAAUUAGGAACCAUAUCUGUUUUCACUGCUUGAGCUGAACUGGACUUGAUUUUAUCACAACGAUUUGUCUAGAUCCUUGUUUUUCUGUCUAUUACUACGUUACAAUCCCUGAUUCCAUUUGGCCAGUCUCUUUUACCCUUUUUUUUAAUACCUCAUUGACAAGAACAAGUACAAUAGUGUUUUAAUUUUCUGUAGUUUUUUAUUCUUUUGCCACUUUUCGAUAUCUUUUAAGCUCCAGAUUUGUCUCUUUCUGGUAGGACAUACAUACUGACAUCGAAUUACAACACAUGCUCACACGUGCUGGCAAAUUUUGGUCAUUUAAAAUGUCUUUUUUAUUUAUUGGUGCUUAACAUGUUUGAUUUUGGAAACUACAAUUCCUUUGUUUAUGAAAACAAUGAAUGUCAAUAUUCAUUCCUUGAAUUGAAUACAUGAUGUUGGCUCAACUGACACUAUCAAUGGCAAAGUGCACAGAGAAGAUAUAUUAAGGGAUUCCAAAUAUGGUUAUUUCAGUGGCUGUAGGUGGUGAACUUUAUGCAAUGAGUAUUGAAUAAGAACACGUGAUAAGUCACAAUGAUGGGGUCCUUUAACAUUGAGAAGAAAUGGCAAUUUCCUCUCAUUAUGAUCUCAAUUGUGUUCAUAUUCUUUCUUGCCACAUGCUUCAACAUGGGGCUUGUCUCUACAAUUCACAGCUUCAAUUCAAUACUAUUCUUUCUCCCAUCUCGUCUAGCCGUAAACCAAUCUGCUCCAAUUUUUGUGGAGACAAAGAUUUCUGCUACUGCUCCAGCUCCUGCUGCCCCUGCAAUUCCUCGUUUUGCUUAUUUGAUUUCCGGCUCAAAAGAUGAUUUGGAGAAGCUAUGGAGGACUCUUCUUGCUCUUUACCAUCCACUGAACCAUUAUCUUGUUCAUUUGGAUCUUGAGUCUCCACUAGAGGUGAGGUUGGAGCUUGCUUCUAGAAUUGAGAAACAGUCUGUCUUCUCUGAGGUGGGAAAUGUUUUCAUGAUUCCAAAAGCUAAUAUGGUCACUUACAGAGGACCAACCAUGAUUGCUCACACUCUUCAUGCUUGUGCCAUUCUGCUUAAGAGAACUAAAGACUGGGAUUGGUUUAUUAACCUUAGUGCUUCAGAUUAUCCCCUUGUGACUCAGGAUGAUCUUCUAGAUACUUUUUCUGAGGUAGACAGAAGCCUUAACUUCAUUGAGCACACAAGUCGUUUGGGGUGGAAGCUGGAAAAACGAGCAAUGCCUUUAAUUAUAGACCCAGGUCUUUACAGGACAAACAAGUCUGAUGUGUUUUGGGUUGGUCCUAAGAGAACUUUGCCAACAGCAUUUAAACUAUUUACUGGUUCAGCAUGGAUGGUUUUAUCGCGCUCCUUUGUAGAAUAUGUUGUCUGGGGUUGGGACAAUCUCCCAAGGACCCUUCUUAUGUACUACACUAAUUUCAUCUCCUCCCCUGAGGGCUACUUUCAAACUAUUGCAUGCAAUGAGCCAGAACUAGCCAAGACUAUUGUGAACAGUGACUUGCAUUACAUUUCAUGGGACAACCCUCCCAAACAGCACCCUCAUGUCCUUACCAUCAAUGACACAGCCAAGAUGAUUGCAAGCAAUACCGCCUUUGCUAGGAAAUUUAAGCACAAUGAUCCUGUCUUGGAUGUGAUUGAUAAAAAACUACUACAUAGGGAGAAUGAACAACUGUUCACACCAGGUGGUUGGUGUUCUGGCAAUCCCAGAUGUUUCAAGGUUGGGAACAUUUACAAGAUUACACCUGGUCCAGGAUCUAAAAGGCUUCGUUUCCUUGUGACUAGGCUAACUUGGAUGGCUAAAUUUGGUCAGAAACAGUGUAAAUAGAUGUUAUUGGGAACUUUUCAUGGUUAGAGUUGGAAGAGUGAAACAAAAUUAAGGUUACUUUAAUGACCAGAUAGUCAGAUAGAUAUGCGACUCCAGCAUCAAGUACCUUAUUAUUAACUUGUAGGGCACAACAAUCCUAGAUAUGAACUUAGCCAAAGUUGCCAAUAGCCACCAUAUUUACCAAAGAUGGAAAGAGGCUUAUACCUUUUUUUUUGGCUCAAAUAGCUUUUUGUCCUUGAAAAAUUAGUCAAGUUUGAUUCUAGGCUUAUAAGUUUUUUUUUUCAUCUGAUCCUUGUGAAAUUACAUGUUUUUAGUCCAAAUUACUAGUUUGAUUUCAUUAAAUGGGGAUGUAGCAAACGAAUUAUUGACACGAGCAUAAAGUAACUAUGGCACGUUAUUA